CAUGACCUGAGCCAAAGGCAGAUGCUUAACUGACUGAGCCACUCCUCUGUCCCCAUUUUCUCCUCCCUUCUUAAGUCUGUGAUUAAGAAGACCAUGGGGGCUGCUGCGUUUGGAGAGGACAGGGAGGGAAGGGGGAGGGCCAGUGCCCUGAGGCUGUGUGGGUGGUGACAGCUCAGCUCUGGCCCCCAGGUCACCACGAUGCCAGAAUACCUAAGGAAACGCUUUGGCGGCAGCAGGAUCCCUGUCACUCUGGCUGUGCUCUACCUGUUCAUUUACAUCUUCACCAAGAUCUCGGUGGACAUGUAUGCAGGCGCCAUUUUUAUCCAGCAGUCUCUGCACCUGGAUCUCUACCUGGCCAUAGUCGGACUGUUGGCCAUCACGGCUCUGUAUACUAUAGCAGGUGUGUCUGAACAAGGGGUGAUCCUUGAGAGGUUGUGGCCCCCCAAUCUUUUCCUGGCCCAUCUUCUGAUGUUCCCGUGUGUUAAAACCAUUCAUUCAUUACACCUCACUCCAUGACCCCAGAUAAGAUGA